CAUUUCUACAUUUGCUCACUCACGGUGUCUCCCUCCAAGGCGUCUUACCCGGGAUGUAAGACAAGAAACGGAGCAAAACCCUCUCCGUAGAGCGUCAUGCUGUCCGUAAAGUAGGAAAGAGCCAGCGAACGCCGUCCUUCCUUCCCCCGGCUCCCUGCCACCUCGUGGGGGGAAAUGAGCGGAAGACCGAAGCCAAGAAGGGGGGCCAGGUUUUUUAGAGGUCAUUCUGAAGAAGCCAGCGUCAGCAGUGGACUCGGUGACGUGCUCCGGGGGCACGGACGCCCUGACUUCAGUGGGUUAAUGCAGUCAUGGAAGAUUGUCAUAAGCACAGUGUCCAUGGUGACCCUUCUUCUUAUAGGGCUUGGGAAUCACAUGUGGCUGAAAGAAACGGAGUUUCCUCAGAAAUCCAGUCACUUUUAUGCUCUAAUUGCAGAAUGCGGUUCCAGACUUUAUAAUUUCCAGACCAGCCCAAGUGUCCUCUCCUCAGAGAGCCUUCUGCGGCCAGCUAGACUGCCCGUGACCUUGCCCUGCACAUCCCAGCCUCCACUUUGCCGUGGACACUUGGUUGACUUGCAGAGCCUCUUCCUGCCCCUCCGAUCCUCCUACUGGAAGGCCAGACUUCGUAUGCCAAAGGAGCACCUGGAGCUUUUAAAGAAGGAAAGCCAGACUCUGGAGAACAACUUCCGAGAAAUUCUAUUUUUGAUUGAACAAAUAGAUGUUCUGAAGGCUUUGCUUAGAGAUACGCGAGAUGGUCUGCACAACUACAGCGGGGACACGGACGGAGGCGAGGACCAGAACCCCAUGGGGGCCAUUGACGAGGAAAUGUCAAACUUGGUGAAUUCCAUCCUUAAAAAGUUGAGAGAAGACCAAGUCCAGAUGGCUGACUAUGCCCUUAAGUCAGCAGGGGCCUCUGUCAUUGAAUCUGGGACCUCCGAAAGUUACAAAAAUAACAAAGCAAAACUUUACUGGCAUGGGAUCGGGUUCUUAACCUAUGAAAUGCCCCCAGAUGUUAUUCUUCAGCCAGAUGUCCAUCCUGGAAAGUGCUGGGCCUUCCCAGGUUCCCAGGGUCACGCCCUGAUCCAGCUCGCCAGGAAGAUCACACCUACUGCUGUUACCAUGGAGCACAUCUCCCAGAAGGUGUCUCCCUCAGGAAACAUCUCCAGCGCACCCAAGGAAUUUUCCGUCUAUGGCAUCUUGAAACACUGUGAGGGAGAAGAAAUUCUCCUGGGUCGGUUUGUGUAUAACAAAACAGGAACCACCAUUCAAACAUUCACGCUCCAGCACGAAGUUUCCGAACCUUUAUUAUGUGUGAAACUUAAAAUCCUCAGCAACUGGGGUCACCCGAAGUACACGUGUUUGUAUAGGUUCAGGGUCCACGGCACCCCAGGAGAGUACGCCUAGAGGAAGCCAGGCAGACGGCUGUGACCACAGGUCCAGAACAUGUGACUCGUCUUCCUUAGAUUCAUCGCACCCAUAGGCAUUGAAAUGGGGGUGGGAGGGGAACCUCAAAGUGGUUCAUACCUGCCCAGAAAAUGUGAAUGAGUUUUACUUGUAAAAAAUACAAAAAUAAAUUCAAUCUUCUUGUGGUAGUGUA